CCUCUCCUUCGCCCCGUCCCACCCCGACGCCACUCCCCCCACCUCCCCCCACUCUACCCAUGGAGGUAGAAGGAGCGCAUGUCGCGCGCAUCAGCUCAACCCAAGCCACCAUAUGCUGGCAACUGCAUCCAUCUGCAAGCCAGUACAAGGUGGAAUACACAGUGGUGGGGACGGAAAUCUCGUUGGUGCAGAGGACGACGGAGAACAAGGUCGAGCUGACCACGCUCUCGCCGGGAACGCGAUACCGGGUGUUCAUCUUGGCUGCCAGUGGGGAGACCUGGCCUGUCUCGUCGACUCCGACUCGCUCCAUCGAGUUUACCACUACAGCUGUCGCUGCUGGCUCGGCAGAGCUGCCAAGGGCCCUAGCGUGUACUAAUGUUGACGUCUCAGAGCUGGAGCCGCCGCUGUGGCCGGUUGAUGGCAAACAUGGCGUGGCCGAUGUGAGCCACGACUCGGCUCUCAUCCGGUGGCAGCCUGGGUGUGGCGACGAGGCUGGGUUUGAGCUCCAGCUGGUCCCGCUGGGUAGGCCGGAUCUGGCGUCGAUUGCAUCGCUGGCCGGCAUCGGCGGCAGCAUUGCGCCCGAGGCCGAGUCGUGGCCGCCAGAGGAGACACGGCUGACCUCCGGGUGCUCGUUGACGGUCUCAGGCUUGCGACCGGAGACCCAGUACUCUGUCUGCGUUUGCGCCGUCAAUGAGAUGGGCGAGCGCGGGCCGAGCUCUACCGAGCUGGAGUUUGCCACCAAGGCGAUGCCGCUGGCGGAAAAGGUGGCCAAGCGGUCGGCGAUGGAGCUUGCGCUCCGUAGCGACAUGGUCGACGGCCCACAGGCGGCAGAGCGGGCGGCAGGCGGAGGUGAUGGGCCGGUGCGGCCGGUCUCGGUCUCCAAGCAGCAGUAUCUUCAGGCGCGGCGUCUUGCGUCGCCGCCAGUUUCUCCCAAGAGCUCGACGGCUCCGCCGCCGGCCUCUGUGGCGGUGGCAGAGAGCAUGACCGGCUCAGUGGAGGGACUGACGCUGGUGGAUACGGCCAAAACGUCGCUCUCGUUUACCUGGGCUCCGCUUGCUGGUGCGAGCCAGUACGCACUGCAGUGGUCGCUUGCCAACACUGACAUCGAGGGCGAGGACGUGGUGAGCGAGACGCAUCACACGCUGCGGCGCCUGGCGUCGGGCUGCGAGUUCCGGGUCCGUGUUGUGGGCAUCGACCGUUCCGGGGUGCGGUCGUUGGCGUCGCGAGACCUUGUUGUUCGCACCUCGGGCGUGGUCUCGCGGGUAGAGGACCGCGUCCGUGGACGGACGCUCUCGGCCGGCGGCUCGUCAACGGCAUCGCUGGCACCCGAGACCCGGCUCUCGCACGGCCUUUGCACGGCCGGCUCCAAGGGCAAGACGCGGUUCUUCCAGCUGUGGUCCGAGUGCAAGAGCUGCAAACGCAAGGUGUGCAACUCGUGCGCGGACGGAUGCCACGCCGGCCAUGACGUCGUGCACGGGACCACAUUUCUGGCCUUCAUCUGCGGCUGCGGCUCCGACUGCGAUCUCCGAGCGCACCGCGACGAGUAACCAGCGAUGGCUCUGCGCUUGUCACGAAACAACACACCUGCGCUUGCGCUUGCUCACCGACGCACGGAUAGAUGCGAGAAUGGCCUGGUUCCGCUCGCACUCGUGAUCAAACUCCAGUCUGUGCUUGACGCAGAAGCCGCGAUGACAGAGCGGACAGACGACGGGAUCGGACGACUUCUUCUUGCAUCCGUCCUUGGCACAGGCGAUGACCUUUGGGCGAAAGCCCUCAUCAGGUGGACAGCCACGAUCAAUGUGGCCAUCAAUGACCUCAUCAGCAUCACCGGCACGAUCUAAAGGAAAGACAGCUGA